AUGAAGUUAUCAUCAAUCUCGUUAUCUUUCGCUAGCUUGCUAGCUGUUGCAACUGCUGAUUGGCAGUACCGUUCAAGACCCGACUUGUCUCCCCCACAAUUGAAUAUUACUAUUCCUCCUAAAGAUACCGCUCCUGGCUACUUAUUCUUAGCCCCAUAUAGCGGGUUUGCUGAUAUUGGCACAACCCAUGGUCCCCGUCAAUCGGCACCUUAUAUUUUCACCGACAAGGGUGAAUUGGUUUGGUCUGGGUAUACUUACUUUUCAAUUUGGGCUGCAAAUUUUCAGGCUGGUAAAGUUAAUGGUAAAGACGUGCUUUUCUCUUUUGAAGGUAGUCACAAUCCUAAUUAUGGUCAUGGACAUGGUCAUAUUACUUUCUUGGAUCAAAAAUAUCAAACAGUUCACGAAUUGAGAGCUGGUAACCAUAAACUCCUUGACAAACACGAGUUUCAUAUCAUUAAUGAAAGAACCGGUUUGGUUGAAAUAUAUGAUCCAGUUCCAAUCGAUUUAACUCCUUAUGGUGGUACUCCUGAUCAACAAUGGAUUGUUGAUGCCAAAGUGCAAGAACUUGAUAUAGAAACCGGUGAAGUUUUAUUCCAAUGGUCUUCCUUAGAACACAUUCUGCCUCAUGAUUCUGUUUUACCAGUUUAUGAAGGUCAACCUGGGUUCGGUUAUAACUCUAGUGAUGCCUGGGAUUAUUUCCACAUUAACUCUGUUGAUAAAGACGAGAACGGCGAUUAUUUGAUUUCAGCUAGAAAUGCUGCUUCCAUAUAUAAAAUUGAUGGUAAGACGGGUGAAGUUAUUUGGAAAUUAGGUGGGUUACCUGGUGUUACCUCUUCAGAUUUUUCUACUAAGGACAAAAACUUAACUUUCUCUUUCCAACAUCAUGCCCGUUAUUUGUCAACUUCAGAAGAUGGCUCUCGUCAAGUCAUUUCAUUGUAUGAUAAUUCUGCUCAUGGUACUGAAAAUAAAGAUGGCCGUGAAAAAAAUUAUAAGAAGCAGUCUAGUGGAAAGAUUGUGGAAGUUGAUACUAAGAAUUGGGAAGCUAAACUCUUAUUUAACGGACCAGCUCCGGACAAUUUGUUGUCUAAAUCCCAAGGUUCUACUCAAGUCUUGGAAAAUGGUAAUGUUUUAGUUGGAUGGGGCUCUGAAGGUGCUGUUUCCGAGUUUAAUCCAAAAGGUGAAGCCAUCUUUCAUGCUUAUGUUGAUUCCGGUGAAUUUGGUCAUCUUGCUCAAAAUUAUCGUGCUUUCAAAUUUGACUGGCAUGGGUAUCCUACCGAAGAUAUUGCUCUUUAUAGUGAAGUCACAGAAGACGGACAUACUAUUGCCUACGUCAGUUGGAAUGGUGAUACCGAAACGAAAAGUUGGAAAUUUUUCAGCGUUGAUGAAAAUGGAACGAAACACUUCCUCGAAGAAAAGAAAAAGGCUGGAUUCGAAACUCUGAUAAAGUUUGACAAUAAGAAACAUUCUAAGAUAAUUGUUGAAGCAUUUGAUCAUAAUGGUAAGGCCUUAGCUGCCUCUACACCAGUGUUUACCCAAAAACAAAUCUUACCCUACAAAAAGGAAUCAAGCAAUGAUCAAAGGAUUGAAAAGUUAGAAAAAGAAGUCGGUCUUUUAGAAUCAGCUUUAAACUAUUUCGAUUGGAGAACCCAUAGAUCUUCUUACGGGUUCUAA